AUGUUAAUGCAGUCCACUUCACAUCAUAACCCUUGUGUGGAAGAUCUUACUCUUAUGGAAGGUGAAAGAUGUCGUUUGUACGACUCUGUCUUUGCUGUGAGAAAGCAUGUGCUCGUCUCUCUCAUUUUCCUCUCAGCAGCUAUAGACUGUGAGGUGCGGCAGUGGGGUCCCUGGUCUCCGUGUUCAUCCGUCUGUGGGGCGGGGACUACAGAGCGAAGCCGGCAGGUAGCCACGCCCCCACGCAACGGAGGCACGCCCUGUCCCGACCUCAAACAGCGCCGCGGGUGUCUCGCGCACUCCGAGACCUGCAGUGCAGCUAAAGAAGUGGCCAAACUCCUGCCUGACUCAUUCAGGCGGAACUUUAAGGACCCAUGGAGACGGCCGCAUAUGCUUAUGAAGGAGGAGAAGAAGAGUUACUGCGUGCAGAUGCGUGUGAAGCAGGCGAGCGCUGCGUGUAAGGUGAAACCGUGGAGCGCCGGCUUGGUCCGCGAACGCUCCGUCUGCAUCGAGUGUCAAAGCGAUGCCAUGACGACUGAUAACCGCUGCCGUGGCGACGGGCUGCAGAACAUUAGAACCUUCUGGUCCGCUGCAUCAGCACCGGGUUGCUCUGGGUCAUGGGUUCGAGAGUCAUUUACUGAGGACUGCCGGUGUCCGUCUUACUCCAUGAUUUUCGUCUGAACCAAAACACAACUUUCAUUUCGAGGGACACGGAUGCUCCAAAUUAUUCCACAGGAGUCCUCCAACAUCUGAAACCAUCGAAAGCUAAGCAGUCUGUCACCUUCCUGUGCAUCUGUGCCUCCACCAACCCAACACACAAGCCUGUUCUUCUGAAGCUCUGCUAUCUACCUCCAUAAUGCACCUGCACCCGUUUCUGAUGCCUUCGAUUAUAGAUUUCACUCUGUACUAUUUUUCUACUCUCAUCUGUCUUCUGAUUCAUACGUACUGUAUUUAUAUAUGUUUGAAUGUACUUCUGUGUGUCAGUUUGCACGUGUGUUUUUGAAUGCAAAACUCGAUAAUGCACGAGUCGCUGAAAGACAAGCUAAUGUACAUGAAUGUUUCUAUUUGGUAGUAUUUUAUUUUCAGGAGAAAAUCUCUUCUUUGAACGAUCGGUGCACAAUACUACAGUGCCUUAUGAACGCCACUUUCACACUUUGACCAAAGCCGCUUUGACAUCAGCGUUUCCGUUUUGUUUGCACGGUCUGAAAGCUGUGUUUGAAACCGUACUCGAUUCCUCAUGAAAAUGAGAUACGGUUACUGUGUUUUCAGUUGGUAUAAAAGCAAAGCAAAGCGCCCUAAAUUGUGGUCGUAAACCGCAACUGAUGACGUAUAAUUUGCCCGCAACAGUAUAAAUAAUUUCUUAUUGCUGCUCGUCUCUGCAGAAAUUGCCUUUCCAUAAAAUCAGAUUUAUUUUAUUAAAAUAAAAUUCCAAUUUAUUUAUUAUUACAGCAUCUCUGACUCUUAAUAUACUAUAUAAUGACUUUCACACACACAUAUAGUAAUCAGGAUUGCACCAAAUAAAUGCUUUUUAGAUUGUUUUUAUUUGCCUUUAAGUAAUAUUUCAAUAGUUUUAUUGAUGCUUUUGUUGCCUUUUGCUAUUUGCGAUGUUAUUCUUAUUCCCAUCACACAUUAAACAGUCAUUCGUCUCAGUUAAUUAUCUUUCAGUGCUUGCUGUUUCAGUGUCCUAAUUGGCAUCUCAGUGUGAUUCUGAUGCUGUGCUUUGAGUAACGCAGUCACUGGCGUCACCGAGCCGUAGUGGGUAUUUAGCGUGCAUGUGCUCAUUACAGAUCAAAGGGCUCGUCUUGCUUACAUGCACCCUUCUGCACACAUACUACGCUCACUACAUUUAUUUUGUGGCAUUUCUUGCAUGCUUGCUCAGCAGCAUGCUAGGUACAGUAUACUUAAGAUUCAGGUAAUCAUGUGUUUUCUCACUAACACGCUUGAUGUUCAGUUUGUAGGAUGGAAUGUGUCUGAAUGAACAACCAGCACAGUUACUCUAACCAGUACUUUCUGCGCUGCUUUACAUAAACAAGUUUGAACACGUGGCCAGAUUUGUUAUACUUUUAUGCUUCUGCUUAAAUGCUUUUAAUGACUUUUGUAAAAACAAAAAAGAAACAUUUAAUUUUCUAACAAAAA